AAAUAUAUAUAUUUAAUUGAUAGAGAGAUAAAUAUAACAAUGGUAUUCGAGGGCAUAGUAUCUGACGUUUUGUCAAAGGUACUAGGCGAGUACGUAAAGAAUCUCAACAAGGACCAGCUCAAGAUUGGUGUGCUGGGUGGCAAUGUUGUGCUGACCAAUCUAGAGUUGAAGGAAGAUGCUCUCAACAAUCUGCCAAUCAACAUGCCCAUCACCGUCAAGAAAGGUUACCUUGGUCGACUGGAGCUCAAGGUACCCUGGAAGGACCUCAAGUCUAAACCAGUGAUUGUCAACAUCGACUCUAUCUAUGCACUGGCCGUGCCUCAGACACAGAACUACAAGUACGACGAAGAGGCCGAGAAGAAGAAGGAGAAGGAGCUCAAGAGGAAGAGAAUAGAGAACUACGAGUGGAUGAAGUCUAUCAAAGAGGCUGAGAAUGAACAAACUGGCGGCAAGGCCACUGAUAGCUCAUUCACUGAUCGACUAGUGACAAAGAUCAUCGACAACUUGCAGAUCAAGAUAAACAAGAUACAUAUACGUUUCGAGAACAGGAAUGAGCUUGGUCGUCUCUACGCAGUUGGUGUCACUUUGGACAACAUAUCAGCACAGUCUUGUGAUGAGCGUUGGAUCCCAUCAAUCAUUGACAGUACCAAGACAAACAUGAUUAGAAAGUUGGCCGAGAUGAACUCUCUUGGAAUGUACAUUGAUGCAGACGCAACCUCCAUGCUUGGUCUCUCUGACCACGAGUUCCACGAUGCAUUUUACAAUGCUAUCCCAACCACAAGGACACAUGAGUCAAUGACCAAGAAGUUCAUGCUCAAACCAAUAUCCUCUCAGCUAAAGGUGUCUAUAAACAAAAGUGAUGCAAUCGACAAGGCCAUUCCAAAGAUCAUCACAGAGUGUAUAUUCUCAGAUAUCAUCUGUGCACUCUCCUCUGCACAGUACCACUCCAUCAUGAACAUUCUACAAUUCACCAAUGAGUUCCUUCGCGACAUCAAGUUCCUAAAGUACAGACCCCAAGUUGGAGUCAGGGAGAACCCAAGGGCAUGGUGGAAGUAUGCAGGUCAGGUCACACUGGAGAACAUCCACCAGAGACGUUACCAGCGCUCAUGGGCCUACAUCUUUGAGCGUCGAAAGGACCGUAUCAAGUAUGUUGAGCUCUUCAAGAGAUCUCUACCCAACAUCCACUGGUUGACUCCUCUGACAAAACCAGAGACGGCAAGCCUUGCUGAGAUGGAGGAGCGACUCAGUUUUGAGGACGUCAUCUUCUACCGCUCCUUGGCCUAUGCCGAGAUCAAGAAGGAGACCGAGAAGAACAAGAUCCGUAAGGACUUCCUUCAAUCCAAGAAGGCCGAUCGUACCUUCUUCCAGAACCUCUUCAACAAGAAGAAGGAGGAGGAUGAGAAGGAGGCACCCAUCGUCACACUGUCACACAACGAGAGAGAUGAGCUCUAUCGUACGAUCGAGUACUCCGAGGUGAUAGAGUCAGUGGAGGAGCCACCCGACUGGGUCAAGAUCGUUGCCAACCUCACCAUCAAGUCCAUCUCUAUGCAGUUGGUUGAGAACGAUACGCCAUUCAUUGAUACGGUCUUCUCGGCACUGACCGUCAAGCUAGAGCAGCGCAAGGAGGGUAUCAGGGUGCUGUCUGGAAUCAAACAGUUUGAAGUCUACGACCAGUUUACCAAGGGAACCGAGUAUAAGAAGAUCAUCUCCCCUGCUCUUACUGGUGGCACUCAGCAGACCUUCUGUUCUGCCAUUGUUGACACGUGUCCACCCAACAAGGCCAUCGAUCUACUUCUCGACCUGAACAUGGAGCCUCUACAAGUGAUUGCACCAAAGCCACUGAUCAUGAAGAUAGUGGAGUUCUUCACCAAUCAGGACGCAAUCGAUUUGACCAACAUCACAAACAUGGCUGGUGACUACAUCGACAACUUCACAGAGAAGACAAAGAUGCAACUGCAAGAGGCAUUGGACACACACAAGACUGUCGCUCUACAUGUCAAGAUCCAGGCACCAGUCAUUAUCAUCCCAGAGAAUGUCACCAUCAAGAACUCCAACGCACUGGUGCUUGAUCUUGGUAGCUUCAAGUUCGAAUCGGACGCGGCCAACCAAAAGAUCAAGGGCAAACUAGUGUCUAGCACAUCCGAGGACGAUUUCUACGAUAGAUUCAAUCUCUCUCUCGAGUCGGUCCAGAUGCUGCUGACUAACGACAUUCACUCUUGGAACGACAAGCGAGUGCAAAGCGAGCAACGUACACACAUUAUCAACCAGUUCGACGUCCACUUGUCCAUCUUCUCAUGCAUCCAACAGGACAGUCUCACACUGACCAAGGUGAAGAUCAAGGCAUCACCUGCCCUAGAAUCAUCCUCUGAGCAGUUCACUGGAGACUCUGCUCCUUCGCCCUCUACUGCGCCAACCACUAGAAAGGUGACAAUCAUCAAGAAGGUUCUCAAGAAGAAACCACCCACUGAGAACAUUACCAUCAGUGUAGUGGCCAAGAUCAAGAGUUUGGGUCUGGUGCUGAACCAAGAGACCAACAGACGCAUAGGAAUCUUCUCGAUCAAUGACAUCAUGGUGGAGACUGUCCUCUACAAGGACACAAGGAUGACCCUUCGUGGCACGCUGGGAAGCAUCAAGCUUGAAGACCUGACAGACAACCCUGCAUCUCUCUACAAGCAUGUGAUCACACCUCAAGACCAAGAAGGUUCAAUGCUCACAUUUAGCUUCAACACACAUCCCACCACGUUGACCAACUAUCCUGGCUAUGACAGUUCGGUCCAGGCCAACAUCAAAUCGAUCAUUGUCAAUGCCCAAGUUGGCUACGUCUAUCAGCUCCAAACCUAUUUACUUGGAGGAAUGCUUGACCCCAUUCUCAACAAACCAGUUGUACCAGUGCCCGUGGCGACGUCGUCAAGCAACCAAGCUGGCAAUGAGUACUUUGACUCCAUAGACCCACUCUCGACAAGUCUCUCAGUUGACACACUCACACCAGUCAGUCGUACCAAGCUGGACAUUGUCAUGGAGACACCGAUCUUUAGAGUGCCCCAAGCACUCAACUCCACCAAUAUGAUACAACUGGAGCUGGGCAAGAUCAUUGUGUCCAACCGAUUCGAUAACUUUAGGGACACAGCACAACCCUUGGACAUCAUGAACAUCCGUCUAGAGUCCUCCAACAUGACCAUCCAUGACAAUGACAACGUCUCCAACUUCCUUAACAAGAUGGACCUAGAUCUUGCCUUGACCAGAUUCUUGAUACCAAAUCACCAGAUCGACGUCGACGACCUUGUGAUUGACAUGAAUCUGUCAAACAUCAGUUUCCAUCUCACGCAAAAACAGUACGUCUUCUUCCUUAAGAUGAUGGACAAUGCUAUGCGUGCCAUUGGCAACGUGCUACAGACUGUGUCUCUGCCCCCACCCCCAUCGUCUGAUAUCCCCUACUAUGGGGAACACGAAGUGCUCAAGAAUAUGGGCAAGGUUACUCUAUCGAUGAACAUCACUGUGCCAAAUCUCAGCUUCAAGAUAUCCACAACGGAAACAGACAUUGCCAUGUUUGAGAUGCGUCAAAUGGUGAUCCAGUUCAAGACUUCAGAGAGACAAAAAAUGAAGUUGGACUUCUCUAUGGACUCCAUCGUGUUGACAGACGCUAGAAGUGACUCACCCAACAUCUUCAAGAACCUAAUGGAGAAUCAUCAGUCACGAAAGGCUACAGAAACAGUUUCCUUCAUCACAGUCGGCUAUCUUAGAGAUAGCUAUCUUGGCGACCAGUACAUCAACCUGGAGAUCAACAAUCCAUGCCUCUUUGUGUCUCCAACGCCCAUCUUUUUGAUUGUCGACUUCUUUUUGAAGCCCCUUCAGACACUGGAGCAGUCUGCACCAGUUGUUCCCGAGCCCACUACUAGCAGCCCCAAGUUCUUGGCUCAGACGCGAAAGCUGAACCCAGAGCUACUUAGAACUCCAACGAUAACCCUCUCGUGCAAUCUCAACGUAGAGGUGACGAUGGUAGAGAAUGAGGCACAGGCAAACACAAGGUGUCUCGUGGCCAAGACCAAGUCCCACGUGUAUUUCAAGCGUGAUCCAAAGGGAAUGGAGAACGCCAUUGUGUCUCUUCGUGACACCAAGAUCAAGAUCUUUAGACCUUCAGUCGCUGUGGACUCUACUGUAGAUGGAUCCAGACAAGGAUCACGUCCAAUUCAAAUCCUCAGGUCAUUGGAUCAUAUCAAGGUGCAGUACAUUAAGGAGAACGAGACGGCCGACUACUUCAAGACCAAGAUAUCUGUCACCAGUUCCAUCAUCAAGACCUAUUUCUCCUACGAUGAUAUCAACACGAUCCUCAAGAUUGUACAGAACCUUAGCAUUGCAACGCAAUCGUCCAUUGCUCAAGCGGCCAACAACAACAACACAGAUCUGUCCUCCUCUACUGCCUCUUUUGAUCUCUCCUCCAGCAUCAGCUCAGUGGACGCAGGACAGCUUGUCCCGGCCUCUGGUUCAUCCAGCCCUGACCUUUUCAUUCAGAACGAGUUCCUGACCUUUGAAUGUCCUUCAAUGAGCGUGCUCCUGAUCAACGAGUCCAUGGACAUCUACCUACCGAUCGCUGAGCUCUACCUAUCUGGUCUACAGGCAAAGAUUACCAAUUGGUCCACGGAAAUGGAGCUCAAGACAUCAGUCACUUUCAAGGCCGACUACUUUAACGAGAGUCUCAUGAAGUUUGAACCAUUCAUUGAGGACUGGGGCUUCAACUUUGACAUCAAAAAGACUGGCAAGAGGACACGUGCCACCUUUAUGGCCACACGACAAAUACUCAACAUGAACGUGACACAUGCCCUUCUGCAGACACUCGCAUCCACCGUCCAUCUGAUCAAGCUCAAGGACAAGGAGAACAAGACCUCACUCAAGAGCAGGAUCGUGUCUUCAAACUCGACGCUCUCCAAGUACCUAUCAAAGAAGGUGACCUCACCCGAGGAUCUCCAAGAGUCCCUCCUCUCUGCCUCGACCUCAUCUUUGGGUGCACCCAUCAAACCCAAGUUCCAUUCUCAUUGGCUCAUGAACUUGACAGGUUGUCCGAUCGACUAUUCUCUGCCCGUUCUUGAGGCCAUGCAGGAGCUGCAGGACGACAAUGAGAGUAGUUACUCUGACUCUCUCUCAAUGUCCUCUGCCACAAUGUCCACGACAUCCCAACUCUCCACCCAAUCCAGUCGCAUCAAUGUGGCCAACAACGUACUACAACCCGUACAGAUCAAGGCAACCAAAGGCAGAGACUCCUCCAUUGGUGCAAAGACCAGCAUUGACCUUUUCAUUCAUGGUUGUCGCCUGGAAUCGGUCUCCCUGGAUGCUAUCGGAAGCAGAGUGUACCGUCUCAAGCAACCCCAACAGCAAGGUCUCAGCGCAUCAACCACAACAAUCGUACCUUUGCAAGGUGACAUUGAUAUUGAUGUGGAGGCAAGGCUACAGCGUGAUGGUAGCAAGAUAGUGUACAUUCGCUCAAUGGUGCAGUUUGUCAACAACUCGUCAAUUCCAAUGCAUCUUAGUUUCAAAGAGGACAACCAUGUCGACUCUGCCGUGCUAGUGCAACAGAACGAGAAGUACUCGGUACCAGUUGACGCCUUCUUUGGAUUCAGUCGGUUCUGGAUAAAGAUGGCCAACUCACCACAUUGGUCAGAGGCUAUUUCUCCUGCAGCACUCGUUAGCGAGUUUGAGAAGGAGCAGGCCAAACUGGACAAGAAGCAAGAUGGAGCUGUUCGCAGAGAGAACAGUCGACCACUCAAACUUGUGGAUCGUCUCGAGAGGAUAUCUUUUGUUGCAGUGUCAGUUACCAACCAGACCCACCUCCUUGGCAACAGUACCGUCCCAGAGCUCUCAAAGAACAAGUUCCAGGUCAUAUCAAUCAGUGCGCAGGUUCAGAUUGAGAACCUGCUGCCAAUACCAUUCAAGAUCAGGUUCGCAAAGGAUGAGGAACCUGUUCUCAUUGCCAGUGGGGAGAAGCUUGAUGUCUUCUCCUAUGCGCCAGGCACCAACCUUAGUGUCAGCCUGAGCGACAUUGAGAAGUUCCCCGAGACCACACAGACCUUGAUCAAUGGAGACAAUGUGGCCAAACAGUUCAAACUGCUCACCUCUCAGAUGACUGGCAAGGAGCUGACACUUCAGGUGGAGAAGUUUGAGGAGGUCAAAGGCAUCAGAGUGCUUUCCUUCUAUUGUCAAUAUUGGUUGGUCAACAACUCGAUGCUGCCACUUGUGGUCAAGGGUGAUGGUGAGGAGAUUGCUCUGCCUCCAAACACUUCCACAGCUAUGAACCCACCCAUCCUCUACCACUCCAACAACAUCAAGCUACGUGUUAUUGACGGCAACACUAACAACAACCAAGUCAAGUACUGCAAUUCGGUUCCCAUCGUCACGGUUGGACACACUGGAUCACUCUCGAUCCCAGGUUCAUCUCACGCCUACGAGGUCUCGUACUCAAUCGAGUUCUGUCAGCACUCCAAGUUUGGUCUCAGCAAGGUAGUAACCUUUACACCUCGCUACGUAAUCCAGAACAAAUUGGACUUCCCCAUCAUGGUGUCCCAAUACGUCAAGACCGAGAAGAAGAUUGAGCGCAUCGACCUGAUGACCCUACAGCCAAAUGCUCACAGUCCUCUACACUGGACUGUGCCCACCGAAGACAAGUCGAUCAGUAUCAAGAGUGCAUCUGGCACACAGGAAUGGUCAGGCAGCUUCAACAUUGAUACAGUGUGUGAAACGAUCGUACGAAUCAGAGACAGUGAACCAGCCAAGCCCUCUGUGCAUUGUAAUGUCACCAUCAUGGAGGAAAAGGGAACACUCUAUGUUUUGAUUCCAGAGGCCAGUCAAGAGCAUCCACCAUUCUUGAUUCAAAACGACACACCCUACAACAUAUCCUACCACCAAAAGAAUGCACUGCCAGCCAACCAGCAGAGAUUCGAUCACCUGACACCAACACUCACGAUGCCUUUCGCCUGGGACGAACCUUCAAUGCCAUCUAUACUCGUUGCCUACCUUGACGGCGAACCAAUGAAGCGAGACCUUAAGCUCAACAAGAUCACUGGCUACGAGGUCAAGGUGAACUCGAUCACAAUAUACGUGACGAUCACCGUGGAGCGCACAAGCCGUCUGGUCAAAUUCUCCACACACUCCUCCAAGUACAACCUCAUCAAGCAUUGGAAGGAGAAUGUCAACACCAAGGUGGACAGAGAGGCAACCGAGUUCCAGUUCUUUGUCAGAAUGUCAGGAAUCGGUCUCUCUGUCAUUGACCAGUCGCCUAAGGAGUUGUGCUACGUCUCACUGUCUGACUUCUUCCUGCAGACUGAGCACUCAAUGUAUGAGACAUCACUUGAGGUCAAGAUUGGAGAUUUACAGUUGGACAACCAGCUGGUACGCACAGAGUUCCCAGUCAUGCUCUUCACCACAAUGAAGGGUGACAACAGAAAGGACUUCCUACAUCUCUCGGUCAUCAAGUCAAACUUUGACAACAUUGAUCACUUUAGAUACUUCUCCAUAUUGAUCCAGGAGUUGAUGCUAGAUUUUGAGGACAAUUGGUUGAAGGAGGUUUUGGACUUUGUCAACUCAAUGCCUGACUUCCACAACCAUUCUGCAAGCCAUCAUCAUCAACAACAACAGUCACAACAGCAGCAGCAACAAUCCCUCACCGACUCUGAUAUGAAUGACACUGCUCAAGAGCUAUACCCAGUAUUCAGCAUUGAGCCACCAACACUCGACUCAACUGCACAUAGAAUGGUGUACUUUGCACUUCUCGUACUCAAUCCGAUCAAGGUCAACAUCACACUGUCCCUCCAGAAGGAUGGUCUCUUCAAGACUGAUCACAAGGCCCUCAGCUCUAUCGAGGGACUUGGUCUCUCACUCACAAAGUUGGACCGUGCUCCUAUCACAUUGCAAGGUCUACUGAUGGAGCAUCCAUUCUCCUCAUGGAACACAAUGAUUGACAAACUCAAGUCCACAUACAUCAAGCAAGUGAUUGGUCAGUUCUACAACAUCCUUGGCUCCAUCGAUAUCAUUGGAAACCCAAUUGGAUUGUUCAGAAACUUUGGAACCGGUGUUCAAGACUUCUUUGUCGAGCCAGCUCAGGGUCUCGUCAAGUCACCUGCAGACUUUGGCAAAGGUCUGGCAAAGGGCACGAGCUCAUUGAUCAAGAACUCUGUUUUUGGUACGUUCAACACCAUCUCAAAGAUUACAGGCACCAUUGGAUCUGGUGUUGCAACAUUGUCAUUCGAUGACAAGUAUCUUCAAGACAGAAAGGCCCAGCAGUCCAAGAAGCCCAAGCACGUUGGAGAAGGUUUGGCUAUGGGUGGCAUUGGCAUUGGUAAGGGAUUGUUCCAAGGAAUCACUGGUAUCGUUACCAAACCCGUUGAGGGUGCCAAGAAGGAUGGCUUCCUAGGAUUCGCCAAAGGUUUGGCCCAAGGUGUCAUUGGAGUGGCGGUGAAACCAACAGCAGCAGUCAUUGAUGCUACGACCAAGGCAACAGAGGGCAUCAAGAACACGACCAACCUCCAAGAGUUCAAGGAUAGAAAGAGGCCCCCAAGAUGCUUUGGUGCAGACAAUGUACUCCGUCAAUAUGAGGCACUAGAGUCAGAGGGCUGGUAUUUGUUGAAGACCACUCACAAGUAUAAGCACUCUGGAGACAACUACAUAUGGCACUAUCCAAUCAACCACGAGUGUUUGGUGAUUCUGUCAGACAAACGACUGAUCUAUCAGAAGAUCAAGAGGAGCAUCGUUGCAAGCAACUUUAUGUUCCAGAUACCAUACGAGGUUAUCAAAGAGGUUCUAUACGUUCCUGGCAAUGGUCUGGUCUUGAAACUCAGUCCUCCACAAGAUUUGUCUCUCCUAGAGCGCUCUGUCUCCUCCAAGGUGAUUCCUGCUGAUGAUGACAACAUGAAUAUGAUAUUCAACAUGAAGAUCGACCAUGCACUGCGUCUCUUCAACGAGAAG